CAUCCACUCCUCCCCCCCAAAACCACACAAACACCCGCUGCGCCGCUCGCUUCCUCCUCCCCCUCCUCGUGCUCGACAUGGCGUGCUCCCACCUGGCCGCCGCCGCCGCCGCGGCCUCCCCGGCGGCCGCGCGUUCACCGGCGGCCUCCAGCGCCGCAACCGCGAGCGCCUUCGCGCGCCUCUCGGCGACGCCCCGGGUCGCGAGCGGCGGGUUGGCCGUUAGGGGCCAGAGGGGUGUAGCCGCUGUUGUCGCCGCCGCCGCCGGGGCCGCCGCGGCGACGCCCGUGGCCGACAUCGAGGAACGCCGGGCCACCGAGAAGCAGCCCAUCAUUGUCAUCGAUAACUACGACAGCUUUACCUACAACCUCUGCCAGUAUAUGGGGGAGCUUGGAUUGAACUUUGAGGUAUAUCGCAAUGAUGAACUUACCAUAGAGGAUGUAAAGAGGAAGAACCCAAGAGGAAUACUUAUUUCUCCAGGGCCUGGUGAGCCACAAGAUUCAGGUAUAUCAUUGCAGACUGUUCUGGAACUUGGACCUACCAUCCCAAUUUUUGGUGUCUGCAUGGGUCUGCAGUGUAUCGGGGAAGCUUUUGGAGGAAAGAUUAUCCGUGCUCCUUCUGGUGUCAUGCAUGGAAAAAGCUCUCCAGUUCGCUACGAUGAGGAGCUAGGGAAGGCCUUGUUCAAUGGCUUGCCAAACCCAUUUACCGCUGCAAGAUACCAUAGCUUGGUGAUCGAGCAGGAGACCUUCCCCCAUGACGCUCUGGAAGCCACCGCGUGGACUGAAGAUGGCCUUAUCAUGGCUGCUCGCCACAAGAAGUACAGGCACAUCCAGGGAGUCCAAUUCCACCCAGAGAGCAUCAUCACCCCAGAAGGCAAGAGGAUCAUUCUCAACUUCGUGAGGUUCAUCGAGGAGCUGGAGAAGCAGCGUGCCGGAGAGAAGAACUAGUAGACGCUAGCUGUUCAGGCAAAAGUAGAAAGGGGCUUAAGCCGGGUAGAUUCAGGGCAGAAAGUGAAAAAGGGUAGGAGUAAUAAGGGAAAAAGAGCUCUCCUUUUGUCACAUUCGUUUGGUUCGUUGUAAUAUAUAUCCUUUGUGGAUCUUGAAUAAGCUCUAUCCUGUCCUUAAAUUCGUGGUGCUAGUCGCCUCGCUUCCGCAAA